AUGUCAUCAGAAAGUGUUCCGAAUGGGUACAAGCCACUGACAUCCGACAAUUGUGUCAAAAAAAGGAUAAUCCGUGAAGGAAAUGGACCUAUUCCAUCUCCCUUGUCAGUUGUUACUGUCCAUUAUGUUAGCAGAGUGAGUCAGAAAGAUCACAAGGGAAACUCAGAGCCAGAAAAAGCUGACAUUAUGGAAACAACGCGAGGGGAAUACGGAAUGCCAAUUACGGCUUCAAUAGGCACUGGCCAGCUGAUCAAGGGAUUUGAUUUGAUAAUCAAAAGCAUGCGCGUUGGGGAACUAUGCGAGGCGAUUGUUUCUCCGGAAUACGCUUACGGAGAAGUAGGAUAUCCAUCAUCAAUACCGCCAACAUGUCAGUUAGAAUUCGAAGUUGAGUUGUUAAAAAUUUCGGAGAGUGCUAUUUCGCGUAAAUUGUUGAAAUUGACCAAGUUGAAGGCACAAGGAAACGAUCACUACAAAAACCAAGAUUACAAAGAAGCACUUUCGCUUUAUGAAAAGGCACUCAAAAUAAUUGAAGAUGAGAGAGCGGAUCAGCAAUUGUCAACAAACGAUGAAGGAGUCUUCGAUCAGACUUUCCGAGACAUUGAGAUAGCUUUGGAUUCGAAUAUGGCCGCUUGUUUCUUAGCUCAGCAGAAUUACAAGGAUGCUGAAAAGUACUGUCGUAAGGUGUUGUCAAAGGACCCGGAUAAUAUCAAAGUUAUUUAUCGAAUAGGACAAGCUUAUCUGGGAAUGAAUGAAUUCGAGAAGGGACUUGAUGCUAUUGCAAAGGGUUUAAAGAUUGCACCAACGGAGACUUCAUUGAAGACGCUCCAGAAAUCUAUAAUAAGUGCUCAAAGUCGUUAUCAGUCUAAAGAAAAAGCUAUUUACAGUCGCAUGUUUUCGUCCACCUAA